AAAAACUCUUCCACACCAUAUUCUUCUUUCACUUUUUUCCCCAUUUUCUCUCCCUGCAAUUUGUCUUUCCCUUCUCCGUUUGCUAUGAAUAAUGCAUUAUUGGUGCUGUUCCUCUUUGCCGUUUGGUUUCCGGCUAUUGACAAUGUGACGGCGGCUUCCACGACGGCGGUGAAGGUGGGAAAUGUUUCCAAGGUUGAAGAUGCGGUGAAUUUCAGGAUUUAUUAUGGACAGUCGUUUAAAGUUAUCAAGAACUCCAUUGAUGGCAAGAGCUACCUUCUCAUUCAGAAUACUUCAAAGAUGGCAGGAAGAACAAAGUAUUGCACUUCAAGGAUCAAAUCUUAUGUCAUCCCUUUGUCUAAUUACUCUCUUGAUACUGACCUCUUUCCAGUUUCCUUUUUCGAGCUUCUAGGUUUAUUAGGAAGCUUGAAGGGCAUAACGUCGGAGAGUGUGACGUCAGAAUGCGUAUUAAAACAAUACGAAAAAGGAGAAAUUCAAAUUAUAAAUAAAACCGAAACGCAACAGCUGGCACAAUUUGCUGCUCACUUCGUCGCCGACGUGGACCAACCACAAUCCUGCAAUUUUGCCACCUUUCUUCCUUCCUCCGAGGAUACGCCUUUGCAAAAAGCAGAGUGGAUAAAGUUCUUGGGUGCUUUUGCAAACGUGGAGCCAAGAGCUAAUCAAAUUUACACUGCGAUCAAAGAAAAUUACUUGUGCUUGAAGAACAUAGCAACCACUAGAAAGACUUUCAAACCCAUUGUUGCAUGGAUGGGUUACUAUGAUGGCAUGUGGUCUUUCACAAAGGAUGCCUACAAGCUUAAGGGGUUAUUGGAAAAGUAUAUAGAAGAUGCAGGAGGAGAAAAUGUGGAUGACUCCAUCAACAAAAUCACCUACAACGUCUCUAACCCCGACGAUUUAGAUGCCUUUCAUGGCAUCCUCUGUACUGUAGAAGUGAUCAUCGAUGAAACAUUUACAUCAGAUCCAAUUGCAUACAACUUGUCCACGUUUCUCCAACUAAUCAACAUUCAAGACCAAUCUUGCCUAUCUUUUCUUUCCACUCAAAGCAUUUGGCGAUUCGAUAAACGAUUUCACAGCUCCAAUGCUUUCGAUUGGUUUGAUGGAGCAAUCUCACAGCCACAGUUGGUAUUGGCAGACAUCAUAGAGGUUUUGUUCCCUACUGGCAAUUUCACAACGACCUAUUUCAGGAACUUGGCUAAGGAGGGAGUUACCAACAUUGGUUCAGAAAUGUGCGAGAGAGACAUUACCACUGCCUUGGAGCCCACCAUCGUAACAUGUGGAUAGUUUUACCCUCUCUCUUAGACCUAUUAAUCAUUCAAUCUCAUAUUCUAUGUGGAUGCUUUUAGGACAAUACUUCUUAAUCAAACAUUUUUUUGUACUUUAAUUAUGGGUUUUACAAUUUUUCACUUCAAACUA